AUCCAUCUCUCCUCACUUCUCUCCUCAACUACUCCCUGCUCCGGAGAAGACAGACCUGCAACACCCCCUCUUCUUCUUCUACGCAUCAUAACAAUGAUGUCCACAAUGUCCACACGGAGGUCCAUGAUUGGCGGCGGCGGCAUGAGCUCCUACAGCAUGUCAGGAGGAGCAGGAGGUUCUGGCAUUAGGGUCUCCCAGGCCAGCAGGACCUUCUCUGCCGGCGGUGGCUUCGGCCUCGGCAGUGGAUCAGGUGCAGGUUUUGGUGCUGCUGGAAGCUUGGGCUUCGGCAGUGGUGCAGGUUUCGGCAGUGGUGCAGGCUUUGGUGGAGGAGCAGGGAUGGACAACAGCCUGAUUGGAAACGAGAAGUUCACCAUGCAGAACCUGAAUGACCGCCUGGCCACCUACCUGGCCAAGGUGGCAGCCCUGGAGAAGGCCAACGCCGAGCUGGAGCUGAAGAUCAGACAGUUUGUGGAGAGCAAGGUCGGACCCACCACCAGAGACUACAGCGCCUUCUUUGUCACCAUUGCAGACCUGCAGGGAAAGAUCCAGGCCGCCAUCCUCGCCAAAGGAACCGUGCUGCUGAGCAUCGACAACGCCAGGCUGGCUCAGGACGACUUCAGAAUGAAGUUUGAGAACGAGCUGUCCAUGCGUCAGUCAGUGGAGGCCGACAUCGCUGGGCUCAAGAUGCUGCUGGGAGAGCUGGGAGUGGCCAAGACCGACCUGAGCAUGCAGAUCGAAAGCCUGAACGACGAGCUGGUGUCCAUGAAGAAGAACCACGAAGAGGACCUGCUGUCCAUGCGCACUCAGAUGACCGGUCAGGUGAACGUGGAGGUUGACGCCGCUCCUCAGGAGGACCUCACCAAAGUCAUGGAGGAGAUCAGGGAGCACUACGAGGGCGUCGCCGCCAAGAACCGCAGAGACCUGGAGUCCUGGUUCCAGACCAAGACGGAGGCUCUCCAUAAGGAGGUGGCAACCACAGAAAUGACAUUGAAGUCUUCGACCUCAGAGGUGAAGGAGGUGAAGAGUCAGCUUCAGGCUCUGGAGAUCGAGCUCCAGUCACAGAUGAGCUUGAAAGCAUCUCUUGAAGCCCAGCUCGCUGAGAUCCAGGCCCGCUACGCCUCCCAGAUGAACGGAUUCCAGAUGAUGGUGAGCGGUAUGGAGGAGCAGCUGGUACAGCUGAGGGCUGACCUGGAGAGACAGGGACAGGAGUACCAGAUGCUGCUGGACAUCAAGACCAGACUGGAGAUGGAGAUCGCAGAGUACAGGAGGCUGCUGGACGGAGAGGGAGUCGGAGCUUCAUUGUCAUCCUCUUCUUCCUCCUCCUCCACCGUCACCACCACCACCAAAGUCAUCACAAAGGUCAUUGAGGAGACCAUCUAACACCAAUCAUGUCUGUCUGACCCGGGGCGAAGUCACAUCUCAGCCUAUCACCUGUCUGCACGCUUAAACAGAGAACACCUCCACCUGACGGAGAGAUGUUUCUAGUCUUAUCACUUCACACUUGUUUUCUACUGUAGUUAAUUCACGAUCGGUCACAGAUUGUGGAGCUGUGAGGGGAAACUUUAAACUUCCUUGAUUGGUUUGGUUUGGAGACGGUUUUACUGCCGUGCCGCCAAAACUUCAGUCUGAUGUUUCAAGGAAUAAAACUCAACUUAACUCACCAAA